AAAGCACCAGUCAAGCUUGACUCCAUUAUGACCGUUGUAGAGGCUAAAAAUCUCCGUUUUCAGCUCAAAAAGCAUCAAGAUUCUUCCACAUUUCCUGAAGCCUUCUUACAAAUAGCAUUUGCAGAUGUUGUAAUUCUUAACAAGGUUGAUAUGGUUUCUCCAGAUGUUCUAGAAGAACUAGAGAAAGAGAUACAUAACAUUAAUUCACCAACUAAUAUAGUUCAUUCUAUGAGGUGUCAAGUAGAUAUGUCUAUAGUAUUAGAUUGCAAAGCAUAUGAUGAUUCACAUGUUGCACACCUGGAACAAUUACUAGAAGAAAAUAAAUCACUAAUAACAAAAGAUCUUCAUGAUAGUGGUGUUAGGACUAUGUGUAUUUGUGAUUCACGCCAGCUUGAUCUUGAUAAAGUGCGUUUAUGGCUUGAGGAGAUUCUAUGGGAUAUGAAAUAUGACAUGGAUGUUUAUCGAUGCAGAGCUGUUUUGAAUGUUGUAAACUCUGAUGAACUUCACAUAGUACAGGCUGUGAAGGAGAUUUAUGAAAUAGUUCCCACACGAAAACAGAAAAUCCAAGAAGAUAAAACGAAUAAAAUCAUGUUCAUAGGAAGGUCACUGAAUGAGGAUAUUCUUAUUGAGUCUCUUAGAGGUUGUGCUUUGACUGUGUGUUAAUUGUUUUACUAGUAUGAAAUUUUAUAACUGUUAUUUAAUUUAAUUUAUAUUUUUAAUGAGGUGGUGCGAUUUUAAGACUAUAAAAAGUUUUAAAUUUAUACAAGAAAAUCAUAGCUUUCUUUCAAUUUUUUUUU